AUGGGCAAGAAGAGUAAGAAAGGAGCCGCCGAGGGCAAACCAUCCUCAUCCGGCGGCAGCAAGAAGGUGAAUCAGAAGAACAAGACGCAAAAGGUUGCAGCUCUGCCAAAAUCUCAACAGAAGCAGCAGCAAAACCAUGGAAAAGGCAAGAACAAAGGCAAGCCUAAAGCUCUGACGCCGGCUGAGCGACUGGCUGAGAUGCGUCGCAAGAUCGAUGGCGGCAAAUUCCGCAUGCUCAACGAGCAGCUCUAUACAACCACGGGAGAUGACGCCUACUCCACGUUCCAGGACGACCCGGAGCUCUUCGACGUGUAUCAUCAGGGCUUCCGCGAGAUGGCGGACAAGUGGCCCACCAAUCCACUGGACACCUUCAUCGAUUAUGUGAAACGCCAUCCGAAGGCUGUGGUUGCUGAUUUCGGCUGUGGAGAUGCCAGAUUGGCUGAAAGUGUGCCGAAUAAAGUGCACUCGUUCGACUUGGUGUCCAGGAAACCAAUUGUGACGGCGUGUAACAUCGCCGAUGUUCCGCUGAAGGAUAGCAGCGUUGAUAUUGCCGUCUACUGCUUGGCACUGAUGGGAACGAGUGUUCGCGAAUACGUGCGUGAAGUGUACCGUGUGCUGAAGCCUGGUGGCGUGCUGAAAGUUGCUGAAGUGAAGAGCCGCUUCGAGAGCGAAUCACUCGGAGGGAUUGACGGCUUCGUGCAGACUUUGCGUAAAAUGGGCUUUGACUGCAAACACAAGGACGAACGCAACAAGAUGUUCGUGCUGUUCGAGCUUGUCAAAUCCACACGCAAGCCUCAAAACGUGGCGCCGAUCGAAUUCAAGGCGUGCGAGUAUAAACGGCGAUAG